AUGGACCUGGAACAAAUAGAAAGGACUUUAGACCUCUUGGCAGGUCAGAUGAACACCAUGAGCCAGCAGUUGAAGGAGAAUCAAGUUGACCUAGCGGAGCUUCGUAGGAACAUCACCGAGAGGUUCGACACGUUAGAGCGAGCUAAGGAAAACCCAAUUCCCUACACCCCUUCGAGACCUCCUUCCAUGUAUGGGGAUGACGUCUACCACGAUGAGGGACCUCCUCGUGCCCAUCAUCGUGCUCCCCACUAUGGACAUAACCAUCCUCACGAUCCCGAUGUGCCACUCAUGAAAAAUAUCAAAGUGGAUGCUCGUACCUUUGAUGGCACGCUAGAUCCCCAGGUCUUCCUUGACUGGAUCAAAGGUAUGGAUAGUUUUUUCAAGUGGUACAACAUUUCUGACGCAAGGAAGGUUAGUUUUGCUGAGAUGAAACUCACAGGUAGUGCGGGACAAUUCUGGUCAAAUUUAGAAAGCCUUAGAGAAGCCCGCAAUGAGUAUCCCAUUACUGAUUGGCUCACGAUGAAGCGGGAAUUGAAACACAAGUACGUUCCUCCGUCCUAUUUCCCCAGACUGUUAGACAAGUGGAAUAGGCUGACCCAGGGAGGCAAACCAGUCAAGGAUUACAUCGCAUCCUUUGAUGAUUACUUGAUUAGAUGCAAAGGGGAGACCGCUGCUACUCCCACACAAAUUUUGUCCAUGUUCCGUACUGGAUUGCGAGAGGAUCUUCGCAAUGAACUGUUCACCAGGAACGUUACUACUUUAGAGAAUGCCUAUAGUAUUGUUCUAGACCUUGAAGAGAGUCGAUCCCAGCACCCGAGCCGGUCCCACGACGUUAGGCACUCAUACAGACCUUCAGGUAGCUCCACCCCUCACCCUCCUACCACACGACCGUCAACCGGGAGCACCAGCCGACCACCCUCCGGCCCUCCUGCUCCCCGAUCUGAUGUUAGACCUAAACCACCCACCCCGGAUACAUCUAGGUCCAACCCCGGGACCAAGUGCUUUCGAUGCCAGGGGUACGGGCAUAUAGCUUCUCAAUGCUCCAGUCCUUACAAGAUUUCUAUCAUCGAAGAGAUUAUUGAGGACGAUCCUGAACCCGAGGGUGAUCAAAUCCAUCAGGUCGAGGAUGAAGGCGAAUUCUUUGAGGAGGACGAGGAGACCACCGCCCUCCAUUGCCUUCAGAGACUGGAUACCACUCCCAUCUGUGUGAUCAAGGAUAAGAACUGCAAGGUCAUCGUGGAUAGCGGUAGUUGCAUCAAUGCUGUGUCUUCCAGCAUGGUAUCCAAGUUAGGACUCGCUCCCGUUCCUCACCCCAGCCCGUAUAAGGUAGCGUGGGUCAAUUCCGUUGCCUUGGAAGUGAAGGAACGAAGUCUCGUGCCUAUCUCCUUUGCCUCUUACAAGGAGAAUGUUUGGUGCGAUAUUCUGAUUAUGGAUGUUGGACAGAUUCUUUUAGGUCGACCUUGGAUUUUUGAUAAUGAUGUCCACAUCUAUGGGCGCUCGAACACCUGCGUGUUCGAACAUGCGGGUAAAAAGAUCAAGCUUUUACCUUCGCAGCCCCGGGGUAAGGAUGACACCAAACCCUCCCCAAUUAAUCCCAAGAAAGGUUUGAACUUAGUUACUGCUAAGGUUUUGGAUUCGGAGGUCGCCCUCGACGCUCCUCUUUAUGCUCUUGUUGGUCGUGAGAUUCCCACUGAAUCUGACGUGCCUAUCCCCGAGGAAGUCCGACCUAUUUUAGAGCAGUUUGCUGAUAUAUUCCCUGAUGAUCUCCCAGAUAGGUUACCUCCACUUAGGGAUAUUCAGCAUGCCAUAGACUUAGUUCCUGGAGCCUCUCUCCCGAACCUGCCCCAUUAUCGCAUGAAUCCUUCUGAGCACGCCGAGCUCAAGAGGCAGGUAGAGGAAUUACUGCAGAGGGGUUUUAUUAAAGAGAGUCUUAGUCCCUGCGCAGUACCAGCCCUUCUUACCCCUAAGAAGGAUGGAACUUGGCGGAUGUGUGUUGAUAGCCGUGCUAUUAACAAAAUCACCGUAAAGUAUCGUUUUCCGAUCCCGAGAUUAGAUGAUAUGCUAGAUAUGAUGUCGGGUGCCAAAUUAUUCUCGAAGAUAGACCUGAAGAGUGGAUACCACCAGAUCCGGAUCCGACCCGGGGAUGAGAGGAAAACCGCUUUCAAAACGAAAGAUGGCCUUUAUGAGUGA